AUGAGGAAGAAAUGAAUAUUAGCGAUUGUAAAAAAGCCCGAGCUACGCCUGCCUGACGAUCACGGAAACACUUAGCUAGUUACUGAAAUCUAUUGCUCGUCUACACGGACGGUGGGAGCGACGUGUAACAGUAAGUGAAAAUGGCUGAAAGGAAAAGUACCGUUCCGAGCACCAGCGCCAAUCUGCUGUUUUCCACAGCCCCAGAGUUUCACUUCAAUCUGCCGUUUAUUCCUGUCAGUCAAGCAAGUGGGCCGGCAGUUUUAUCUGGAGAUGAUGCGAGUGAAGUUGGAGAAGAAGACAGCUUUCUUGGUCAGAUCUCGUCAACUGCUCCUCAGCCCUCAACAUUCAGCUACUUUUCUAGCUCUACCAACAAUAGUGACCCGUUUGCUUCAAUAGGGCAUCAGCAAGGCUUGCCUCCCACACCAGCAGUUGUUUCAUCAACAGGUCCUUCCCCGGUGUCCAGUGCUGCAAGCUUACCCCCAAACCCUCCAAUUUCCCAGGUGAAUCCUACUCAACAAUAUGGCAAUACAGUUUACCAGAAGCCCAUGGGCACACACACUCCUCCACCUAAUGUGGCAAUGUCUCCACCGCCCCAAGCCACCCAGCAAUCUUAUAAUCCAUAUCGUCACACAGCCACAAGUAGCAAAGCAAGCCCUUACCUCAUGGCUCCUGAGCUACAGCAGCAAUCUCCUAGUCAGCCCCCGCAGCACUUCAACCCCUACUCUCAAGCCCCACCAGCUCCCACAUUCCAAACAACACCUCCAACAUUUGCUAAGCCUCCCCCUACACAGACUCCGCCACCCCCUGCCGGACCUAGUAUGGCUGGACCUAGUAUGGCUGGACCUAGUAUGGCUGGACCUAGUAUGGCUGGACCUGUGGUUCCAGUCAACCCUAUGAUGCAGUACUCUUAUAAUGUCUAUGAGCCUGUCCAGCCUCAUUGGUUCUAUUGCAAACAAGUGGAGUCCAAGAAAGUUUGGCUUCCCUUCAGCAUUCUGGAUUCUAUUCGACUGGAAGAGACUUUUAAUUCUGUCCAGCCAGACCCAGAGAAUGUGAUUGUGUGUACGGAUGGUGGACGCUAUGAUGUGCAACUAUAUGACCGCAAUCGGACCGCUGUGUACUGGGAGGAGGAACCAGCUGAGGUCCGACGCUGUACCUGGUUCUACAAAGGAGAUUCAGACAGCCGCUUUAUUCCCUAUUCAGAGGAGUUCAGUGACAAACUGGAGGCAGAAUAUAAGAAAGCUGUGUCUACUAAUCAGUGGCACCGCAGACUGGAAUUUCCUUCAGGGGAAACAAUUGUCAUGCACAACCCUAAGGUGAUAGUACAGUUUCAGCCAUCAGCCAUGCCUGAUGAGUGGGGCACCACACAGGAUGGUCAGACACGGCCCAGAGUGGUGAAGAGGGGUGUGGAUGAUGACCAUGAUGAAGUCCCUGAUGGUGAGAUGCCACAAGUAGACCAUCUGGUGUUUAUGGUGCAUGGCAUUGGCCCAGUGUGUGAUCUGCGAUUCAGGAGCAUGGUGGAAUGUGUGGAUGACUUCCGCAGUGUAUCCCUCAAGUUGCUGCGCAGUCAUUUUAAGAAGGCUCAAGAUGAGCAUAUUAUUAGCCGUGUGGAGUUUUUGCCUGUGCAUUGGCACACAGCCCUGCAUGGAGAUGCUACAGGUGUAGACAGGCGGAUAAAGAAGAUAACACUGCCCAGCACAGGUCGGCUGCGACACUUUACCAAUGAAACCCUCUUAGAUGUGCUGUUCUACAACAGCCCAACCUAUUGCCAGACAAUCAUGGACACUGUGGCUUUUGAGAUUAAUCGGCUAUAUGCGCUGUUCAUGCAGAGAAACCCAGACUUCAAAGGUGGUGUGUCAGUGUCUGGACACAGCUUAGGCUCUUUGAUACUUUUUGACUUGCUUUCUAAUCAGAAGACUGGCUCUCCUUCUUCUGAGUCAACUCCAAAUGGAAAUGCUCAACCUGAAGUGAAAGAGGUUAGUCCUCCUAUCUCCCAGGCCAUUGAGGCCUUUAGCCCAGCUGCAGCAGAGGAGGGGAACGAGGAGGAGACUGCUGACCUGUCGUCCGUUCUGGAGCACUUGGGCUUGUCUGAGUACCUCAGCACUUUCGAACAUGAGAAGAUUGAUGUUGAGUCACUGCUUAUGUGCACAGUGGAUGAUAUGAAGGAAAUGGGCAUCCCUUUGGGGCCACGCAAGAAGCUUGCCAAGUUUGUCAAAGAGAAGGCAGCAAAACAGGCUGCACAACAGGCUGCACCAGAGAAAAUUGUGGCCAAAGAGGAAAUUAAGGAAGUCUCGGCUUCUCAACAAACUAGAUCAGUCACAGAUAUUGCCAACAUCAAAGUUCCAGUUGGCAGGACUAUGUCCUCCAUUCAUGUGGAUUACAAUUGCUUUGAAAUUGGCACUGGGCAGGUGUCUGUGGUGUAUCAUGCUCUGGAUUUUGAGCCUAUGAAUUUCUUCGCUCUCGGCUCUCCCAUUGGUAUGUUUCUGACAGUGCGAGGUGUGGAGAAGAUAGAGGAGAACUACCGCUUUCCCACCUGCAAGGGCUUCUUUAACAUUUACCAUCCAUUGGAUCCAGUGGCAUACAGGAUUGAGCCGAUGAUUUUGCCAGAUGUAGAAUUGGAUCCCGUUUUGAUUCCACAUCAUAAAGGGAGGAAAAGACUUCAUCUUGAAUUGAAGGAGAGUCUCUCUCGGAUGGGUUCUGACCUGAAGCAAGGUUUCAUUAGCUCUCUUAAGAGUGCCUGGCAGACGCUGAAUGACUUUGCUCGUGCUCACACCUCCUCCAUUCAGCUGCAUGAACAGCUGGCCAUGGUGGCCAGUCAGAUCAAAGAGGAAGAGGAGAAGCAAAAGGACGAAGCUGCCAGUAAGCUAGUAGUGGAUACUCCCGAACCCCUGAAAGAGGAGGAGACUAAGGUGAAGGUGGGCAUGCUCAAUGGAGGGAAUCGCAUUGACUAUGUCCUACAAGAGAAGCCCAUUGAGAGCUUCAAUGAAUACCUCUUUGCUCUCCAGAGCCACCUGUGUUAUUGGGAGUCUGAGGACACAGCAUUGCUCAUUCUUAAAGAGAUUUAUAGGAGUAUGGACAUACGUCCAGAGCAGACAGUGCACUAACAUCAUGGAUCACCAGAAAUCAAUGCAUAUUCAUAAAAAUUGAGCUGGUUUCGAAUGUUCCAGAAGGGCCUGUCUUCACAGUUGAAUCACAUUAUUUUUUAUUUUCUUUGAUUUUUCUAUUCUUGUAGUUUCUUGUACAAAUAUGAAUACAGAAGUAUUAUUCAGUAUGUCUUAAAUUAAGAAAUUAAAAAUUAAAUAGUGGAUUUAAGUACUACCUUACAUCUGCAUCUUUAUAGCACUGUGAAAGCUCGAGUGCACUUGAUUCAUGAACCAUAGUAUUAACCGAAACUUUAUUGCUUUUGGUUAAGAAUACAAAUCUGUCCAAUUUAUUUAACUAACAGCAACAGCAAAGCCACAUAAUAAACUGAUUUAGUACCA